CAUACAUAAACAUAAGUAGGUCACGCUUUUUUCCCCUCUUUUCCUACACACACACAUACACGCACUCGGGGUGAGAGAGAAAAUGGGGAGAGGGAGAGUUCAGCUGAAGCGAAUCGAGAACAAAAUCAAUCGCCAGGUCACCUUCUCCAAGCGCCGAUCGGGAUUGCUGAAGAAGGCGCAUGAGAUCUCCAUCCUCUGCGACGCCGAUGUCGGGUUAAUCGUCUUCUCCACCAAGGGGAAGCUCUUCGAAUACGCGACUGAUUCGUGCAUGGAAAGGAUCCUUGAAAGAUAUGAAAGAUGUUCAUAUGCUGAAAGGCAGCUAAAAGAGCCCGACCUUGAAUCACCGGUAAGCUGGACUUUGGAGCAUGCUAAGCUUAAGGGUAGGGUGGAGGUUCUGCAGAGAAACCAGAGGCAUUAUAUGGGAGAAGAUCUGGACUCUCUAAGCAUGAAAGAGCUGCAAAACUUGGAACAUCAACUUGAUGUUUCUCUUAAACACAUCCGUACUCGAAAGAACCAACUCAUGAAUGAGUCCAUUUCAGAGCUCCAGAAAAAGGACAAGGCAUUGCAGGAGCAAAACAACAUCCUAGCCAAGAAGAUAAAGGAGAGAGAAAAAGAGAUGGCGGCGUCGGCAGCGGCCGCAACGACUGCGGCGAUGGAGCAACAGCAAAACCAUGACUUGAACGCUUCUGGUUUUGGUCAGUCACAGCAUAUGGGAACCUUGAACAUCAGGAACGAGAUUUACCCUAUCGAAGGAGAAGACGGUGAAGCUAACGCAGGCACGACGUUACACCAAAAUCAAUUUUCGAAUCCAAUAAUACCCUCGUGGAUGCUACACCACAUAGAUGGAUAAAAUAAAUAUAGGUGAUAAAAUUACUUGCAUCGAUCCAUCUUAUUUAUGUACUUUAUAGUUUGGGUUAAUUAUAAUCCUAGGCUAAACUAGGAAAACAAAUGAGAGUGUUAUUAAUUAAAUUACAUGUAUUUAUUAAGGUCGAUACCUUAUUAUAUGUGUGGUAUAAUAUGUGUAUAGAAUUGAAUGGUUGAGAACUUAAGACGUGUGUGUAGAAAUGUUUUUGAUAAACUAUUUGUUUCC